AUGUUAAAUCAAAAUAUUCUCAAGAAAUACAGUAUUGUCACUAGUAACGAGCCCUCAUCUUCUAUUGCUACUCCUACUACAACAAUUAAUACAUAUCCUGCAAAUUCUUAUAAUGGAUGUGAAAAGAAAUUUAGUCGUAAAUUUGCUCUUGACAAGCAUAAAACUGGAGUGCAUAAAAAUCUGUCUACAUAA